AUGGCAUCGUCACUAACAAAAAAUUCACGAAACUUUAAAAUAUCAAACUUUCUUAAAAACCAUUAUAUAAAAAAAAGUAGAAGAAAAAGAACUCUUUUUACAACCUCUACAUCUACAGAAGAAGAAGAACUUUCUUUACCAGACAAACUACAAAUUUUACCAAGUAAAACAAUAAAAAGUAUUAUUGAAACAACACCCAUUAAUGAUGAAGUAGAUGUUUAUGGCUGGAUACGUUCUAUACGUGUUCAUUCCAAAAUAUCUUUUGCUGUUAUUAAUGAUGGAUCGUGUCUGAAUGGCAUACAAGUAACAUUUCCACCAGAAUCAGCAAAGAAAUUAACCACAGGAUCUUGCGUUCGUUUUCGUGGAAAGUUGGUUAAAAGUCCAGGUGAAGAGCAAAGUGUAGAAUUGAAAGCAAAAGAAACAGAAAUCUUGGGUGAAUGUGAUUCUGGGCACACAAUGCAAUUUCUUAGAGAAAUCUCACAUCUUAGAUCACGAUCAAGUUUGUUUGGUAGUGUUAUUCGUAUAAGGAAUGGUCAACUUCAUGCCGAGAUGAUUGCAUGUGCAAUGUCAAGAGUUUUCACAUUUGGCCCAGUAUUUCGAGCAGAAUGGUCAUUCACAUCAAAACAUUUAGCUGAAUUUUGGAUGUUGGAAGCUGAAAUAGCUUAUUUGUUUAAACUCGAAGAUCUAUUAGAUUUCAUAGAGGGUUGUUUACGCGAAGUGACAAGAUAUGUUUUAGACAAUUAUAACGAAGAUCUGGAGUUUUGUAAUAAAUGGUAUGAUCGGAACCUGCUUUUAAAAUUGGAGAGUCUCACCGAAAGAAAUAGUUUUGUCAGGAUGACAUAUACCGAGGCAAUCAAAGCACUUCAGCAAUCUAAAAUGAAAUUCUUCUAUCAACCAGAAUGGGGUAAACCGUUGCAUAGAGAACAUGAAAUAUAUUUGUCCAAUAAUUAUUGCCAACGACCAGUUUUCGUCACAAAUUACCCAAAAAACGUCAAACCUUUCUAUAUGCGAUUGAAUCCAGAUGGCAAAACUGUUGCGUGCACAGAUUUGUUGAUGCCUGAUGUUGGAGAGCUUUUAGGUGGGAGUUUGAGAGAGGAAAGAUAUGGGCAGUUGGAGGAUAGGAUGGAUGAGAUGAAGUUGGAUAAAGAACAGUAUAAAUGGUAUUUGGAUUUGAGGAAGUAUGGAAGUGUUCCUCACGGUGGAUUUGGAAUUGGGUUCGAUAGAUAUUUACAAUACAUAACCAGCCUGGAUGAUAUUCAUGACGUAAUACCAUUCCCCAGAUCUGCAAAUUAUUGCAAAUGUUGA